AGGCCUGCUUUCAACAGCUACUCUUCCAAGUUCUUGGCACCUACUCAAAGCCUUUUGUCUUUCUGCUAUGCCCUGACCCAGGACGACAGUGGCAUCAAGCUGUCUGAUGAAGACCUCCGGGCCGAAGUGGACACAUUCAUGUUCGAAGGUCAUGACACCACCACCAGUGGUAUCUCCUGGUUUCUCUACUGCAUGGCCUCUCAACCAGAGCACCAGCAGCGUUGCAGGGAGGAGGUUCGUGAGAUCCUAGGGGACCAGGACGCCUUCCAGUGGGAUGAUCUGGGCAAGAUGACCUACCUGACUAUGUGCAUCAAGGAGAGCUUCCGCCUCUACCCACCUGUGCCUCAGGUGUACCGCCAGCUCAGCAAGCCUGUCGACUUUGUGGAUGGCCGCUCUCUUCCAGCAGGUGGGAGAGAGUGGGCUGAAGAGGGUAGAAUCAGGGUCCCCUGGAUGCUCCUUUGACACCUCCUGUGAUGUUCACCAAAACUUU